UCAGUUGUCAAAUGUCAAUUAUCUGUCAGAAGUCAGUAAGUCAAAACAAUGUAUUUUUGAUUGAGAGUCUUAUUUGUAAAUUUUUGUUUUUAAAUGCUUAAAAACGUUUAAUAAAUAUUAACAAUGGAAGAAGAGAAUAAGUUACCUUUAAAACGAGUUGAACUAUCUUUGACGAAGUUUAACGAAGUAGCGAUUCCACAUCAUCUAGACUUACUUCGACAGCAUAAGGCUAAUAUUAUAAAGUAUGAAGAAGCAGAGGAGUAUGGGCGCGUUCGCUCGGAGCAGGUGCACGCGCGGCGCGUAGCGGCGCAGCUGCGCGCGCUGCUCGGCGAGAUGGACGCGCUGCGCCGACAGGUGCGCGCGCAAGACGUGCCGCACUUCGACCGACUCACACAGCGCUCCAGGGAUCUCACACUAAGGGCUAUCAUGGAUUACUUGGGUGUGAUAGAGCGCAGUUGUAUAGCACUGGUAAGGUCGGCGCAGACACGGUCGCGCUGCAGCGAGUCGUCGCCGAUGUCGAUCCCCGCGCGCGCGGCGCCGACGCCGCCCGGCAGCGCGCGCUCGGCCGAGUCCGUGGGCGUGCUGGAGCCCGCGCCGCUCGUGCAGCUGCACGUGGACCCGCAGGAGCUGCAGCUGCGCGAGCGCGAGGCCGUGCUGCGCGGGUGGGGGGAGCUGCAGGCCGAGGUGCGCGCGCUGCACGACGCGUGGCAGCACGUGCAGGCCGCCGCGCUCGCGCAGCGCGAACAGGUGGGCGCGGUGGUGUCGAGCGUGGACGUCGGCGCCGACAACGUGCAGGCGGCGCGGGAACACCUGGCGCUCGGCGAACGGUACGCAGAACCCCGUGUCACGCGACGUCACGCGACGUCACGCGACGUCACGCGACGUCACGCGACGUCACGCGACGCUGCGCGCGGGCGCGUGGGGCGCGGGCCCGUGGGGCUGGUGCUGGGCGCCAAGGCGGGCGCGGCCGCGCUGCUGGUGGGCUCCGCGCUCGGCUACGUGGGCGCGCGCCUGCUGGGCCGGCGGCGCGACUCGCAGCUCCGCGCCGACGCCGCCGCCGACGCCGACGCCGAGCGGAAGCAGCUGUAGCCGGGCCGCUGGCGGUCGCCUUUCUCUUUCGCACAAACCGUUACCGACGUCGGCGAGUCGUAACGGCUUCCCGCGUCACGCUUUCGAUUCGAGUCUGUCGUCUUUCUCUUACUCUCUGGUCCCGUGACGUAUCGAAUACCGAGGCGUUUCUAUACAUUUCGGUGUUUUCUGCGACCGAAUGCGUCAUCCGUGUGUGACUUGUGUGAGUUCGCGUAAAUCAUUUAAGUGACUGAUUUUGUAAACAAAUAUCAUUAUUGGUCGGCUCACACAGAAGCGCAGCUCGUUUUAUGUGUACUUACAGAAGUUUGUAUAAAAUAAAUACAUAGUAGGUUUAAGUAAAUAUAAGUUGCUGUGAUGAACUGCCUUAAAAUAAGUAAGAAAUAUGGCAUCGAACAACGUCUGUGCGAGCCGUUUACAUUGAUUAACUAUUAUUUCAGUUUAUUUGUAAAUAAAAACUCUGAAAUCGAUUUUUUAUACUUAGUAUAUAUUUGAUGUGGCACGCGUGUACGAGUAUGUCUUCUGCGACGGAUGUGUCCUCAGUCAUAGUAGUUAAUAAACAUAUGUAUGUAUGUAUAUAGCUAUUAGGUAGUUACAUUGUAGUAUAACUGAGCUAUGUUGUAAAUAAUCAUAUUUUUUACCAUUGUACAAAUAUGUAUUAAAAGUAAUAAAAUCUCA